AUGACUUUCGUGAAAUCAGCCAAGGGAUACUUAGUAAUCUACCCCAGAGAGGUCUAUUGCAGAGCACCUGGUUGCCCCAAGGCCAAGGAAGCAUACUCCAGCCUCAAUAAUCUAAAGAAGCAUAUCCAGAGUGCACACAGCAAGAAAUACACCAUCGACACCACCAGUAGAGGGGCUCCAACUAUAGAGGAGCAGCAGGAGGCUAUCCAUAAGUCCCUAUUUAACUAG